AUACAGUUACCGGCUUCUCCAAUUUAUAUGCUCUCAAUCCGAUUCAUUGAUUACAAGCAAGUAUUUCAGUUUUUAAGCAUAUUUCUCUUUUACAGCUUCAACAAAAUGGUGUCAACUUUUCGGUGAUAAUUUAAUUUGUGUUUUUGCCACUUUUUUGCAUGAAUAUUUGGAAUGAGGCAGGCCCACUCACUUAAAUUUGAGAAAGAAAUGGUUCAAACUUCAGAGAGGGUGAAAUAUGUGGAUCUACAUCCAUCCAAACCAUGGAUUUUAGCCGCUUUGUACUCCGGAAAUGUUUGUAUUUGGAACUACCACUCACAGAAAAUAGAAAAGUCCUUCAAGGUCACUGAAUCACCAGUAAGAUCAGCCAAGUUCCUAGUGCGUGAAAACUGGAUUGUUGUUGGAGCUGAUGAUGGACAUAUUCGUGUAUACAACUAUGAUACAAAGGAAAUGAUCAAAGACAUCGAGGCACAUACAGAUUACAUUAGGAGUCUGAUUAUUCAUCUGACCCUUCCGUACGUGUUAUCGUCAUCGGACGACAAGCUUAUAAAACUAUGGGACUGGGAGAAGGACUGGAUUUGCAGUAAGGUGUUUGAGGGCCAUCAACACUAUGUGAUGCAAGCUGCUUUCGAUCCGAAUGACCUCAACACUUUUGCAAGCGCAUCACUUGAUGGCACCAUUAAGAUUUGGAAUAUGGAUUCUGGAUCUCUAGAUUUUACAUUGGAUGCUCAUUCAAAAGGGAUUAAUUGCAUUGAAUACUUCAUGGCCGGUGAUAAACCGUUUCUGAUCAGUGGUUCUGAUGAUUACACUGCUAAGGUAUGGGACUAUGAAACCAAAUGUUGUGUCCAAAAACUAGAAGGCCAUACACAUAAUGUUACUGCAACAAGCGUCCACCCACAGCUUCCCAUUAUAAUUACUUGUUCGGAAGAUGGAACUGUUCGUGUCUGGGACAAAACAAGUUACAGGCUUGACAACACAUUGGCAUAUGGUCUUGAAAGAGUCUGGACUGUUGCUUACAUGAAAGACUCCAGCAAAGUCGUGUUUGGGUGCGAUAAAGGGACGAUUGUGGUCAAAAUUAGUGGCUCUAAUGGCUCCGAUUCUGCUGAUGUUUGACGGCAAGGAGGCGUACUGGAUUGCAUUGUUUAUCAUCAGCUUGAAGAUGCAAAUUUAUUACACCGACCGGUUUCUAUGUUUAGUGUGUGGGGCAACCAAUAAAGGCUUCUUUGGUGUUGUAAUUUAUAGGCUCAUAUUUUGGCUUGUUAAUGCUAUAAAAUUCCAGGGUAUAAAAGUCCUAUUAUUGUAUUAAUCUAUAAAAAAAAUGCAAAAUAUUGACGCAAUGCAGUUCUUAUACAUAUAUAUAUAAAGUAUGUUAUUUGGA